AGAAUGCGUAAGAGCUGCGAACCCGAGCCAGCAGAACACCACCAGAGAUCACUGUCAUUGCUAUGUUACCAAUAACAACGCUGGUAUUGUGUAGAUUGUAAAUAAUUGUCAGCGCACUGAGUGCAUCUGUGGCUUGUGAGCCUGUGUUUGUGUCGUAAGGAAGAUUUGCGUACAGGAGGUAGACGAUUGUUUUCAUGACGAUUCUUCUGAAAAUUGUAAACCUAUACGUACAAAGUGAUCGUUUAUUUGAAAAGAAGCUCGUGUAAUCAACCAAGUGACAAUGGGUGACAGCGAUGACGACAAGUCAGAUCCAGAAAUGCAUCUUACUGGAUUCUUGUUUGGGAAUAUCGACGAAUCUGGACAGCUCGAAAAUGACGUUCUUGACAGUGAAUCAAAACGGCAUUUGGCAUCGCUAUCAAGAUUGGGUUUCAGCUCUUUCGUGAGGGAAUUGAUUGGCAUAGAUCAAGAAGUGGGAAAGAGCGACAGCGAUUCGGAUAAUGAGAGUGAGUUAAGGAGCCAAGAACACUGUUCUGCAGAAUCCCAACGUUCUCUCAACGACACACAGUCAACAAACGAUGAAAAUUAUGCAGUCAAAUCACCAUCUGCAGUUGAUUAUUCUGAUAUUACGGAACUUGCGGAAGAAGAGCUUGCGGAGGCAAACUCGAUUCUACAGCAGCAGGCAGGGAAGGUAGAUGACAGUACUGACUAUGAUGCUGAUGAUGAAGGGACAGGACUUAAGUCAGAUACUCAGUUGAUGCCUCCACCAGCAAUGCCGGUUUUAGGCAAGGAUGCAACUGCUGCGGAAAGAGCUGCAGCAGAAGCUGAAGCAAGAAAACGCAAACUUGAAACUCCAUUAGCUGCCAUGCUGCCAUCAAAGUAUGCAGAUGUUGAUGUCACUGAACUAUUCCCAGAUUUCCGUGUGGAUAAGGUUCUACGAUUUUCUCGCCUCUUUGGACCAGGAAAGCCAAGCAGCCUGCCUCAGAUUUGGCGUGGUGUUCGGAAGCGGCGCAAACGUAGGAAACAGCAGUUGCAACAAGAUAAUUCUGAUUCAGGAUCAGAUCAGGAUAAUAUACAUGAAAGGAAAAGGGGAUGGACAUUUAAUUAUGGUCCACCUCCACCUCCGGAGAUGUGUGAGUCUGAUGAUGAGGAAAAACUGUUAUGCCCUGCAGAAGACAAAUCACAGGGGGUGAAACAAGAUGAUGGUGAUAACAACAACAUGGGGCCCAGAGUUGCAGACUGGAGAUUUGGACCUGCUCAAGUCUGGUACGACAUGCUGGAAGUUCCAGAAACUGGAGAAGGUUUUAACUAUGGCUUCAAAGUUAAUGAAAAGGCAGGUGAAGAGGAGGUGGAACAAUUGACUGAGGACUAUCCAGAUGAUGCAUUUUUAAUGGUAUCUCAGCUGCACUGGGAAGAUGAAGUUGUAUGGAAUGGAGAUGAAAUCAAACAUAAGGUGAUGCAGAAGCUCAACAGCAAGACAAAUGCUGCUGGGUGGGUUCCUAGUAGUGGCAACAGGACUGCCCAGGCUUUCAGCCAGCCAGGCAAGGGAGUGCCCCACAUAGUUGGAGGCUCUGUCAGGCUGGGUUCUGGCCAGAUGCCUGGUCUGUCCAGCUCCGUCAACAAGCAGAACAAGAACAUGUUGGUGAGUAAACAUCAGCAGAGAGGUGAUGAUAAUACAGAUGAUACUUGGUAUUCCAUUUUCCCAGUCGAAAAUGAGGAGCUUGUGUAUGGAGCUUGGGAAGAUGAAGUUAUUUGGGAUUCUGAAAAUAUGUCUCACAUACCUAAGCCAAAGAUUCUGACACUUGAUCCAAACGAUGAAAACAUCAUAUUGGGAAUACCUGAUGACAUAGAUCCAGCAAAACAGAGACUUGACUCAGUGACUCCAGCAAAAGUAAAAAUUCCUCAUCCUCACGUAAAGAAAUCAAAGAUCCUUCUUGGGAAGGCCGGUGUAAUCAACGUCAUGGAAGAAGACGCACCACCUCCACCACCAAAGUCACCAGACAGGGAUCCUUUUAAUGUUUCCAAUGACAGAUACUAUAUGCCUCGGUCUUCAGAAUCAUCUCUGCGUCUUAAAGUCAGUGGUGGAAACUUGAUUCAGCAUUCGACACCAGUUGUGGAGCUGCGUGUUCCAUUCGUGCAAACACACAUGGGUCCAAUGCGUCUCCGGAACUUUCACAGACCACCCCUCAAACGAUUUUCUCAUGGUGCACUGGCUCACCCUGGCCCACACCAUGUUCUUCCUCUAUUAAAACAUAUUCGGAAAAAGGCUAAACAAAGAGAACAAGAAAGGGCUGCAUCUGGUGGGGGUGAUGUGUUUUUCAUGAGAACUCCAGAGGAUCUCACUGGUCGUGAUGGUGAUCUUGUUCUUAUUGAGUUUUGUGAAGAACAUCCUCCACUCAUCAAUCAGGUGGGAAUGUGCUCAAAAGUGAAGAACUACUACAAGCGAAAGGCUGGGAAAGAUCAAGGGCCGCAAGAAUAUCGGUAUGGUGAAAUUGCAUAUGCCCACACAUCACCAUUUUUAGGACAGUUACCACCUGGACAGUCCUUGCAGGCUGUUGAAAACAACAUGUAUCGGGCUCCAAUCUAUGAACAUAAAGUGCCUGAGACUGAUUUCUUAGUGAUACGAACCAGGCAACAGUAUUAUAUACGAGAAAUCGAUGCAGUGUUUGUAGCUGGCCAAGAAUGCCCACUUUAUGAAGUUCCUGGACCAAAUUCAAAGAGAGCAAACAAUUUUGUUCGUGACUUUUUACAGGUUUUCAUUUAUAGAUUAUUCUGGAAGAGUGAACACGUUCCUCGUAGGAUUAAAAUGGAUGACAUAAAAAAGGCUUUUCCAUCACAUUCAGAAAGCAGCAUAAGGAAACGCUUGAAACUCUGUGCUGAUUUCAAACGAACAGGUAUGGACUCCAACUGGUGGGUCAUAAAACCAGACUUCAGACUCCCUACAGAAGAGGAAAUACGUGCUAUGGUUUCCCCUGAGCAGUGCUGUGCAUACUUCAGUAUGAUUGCUGCUGAACAGAGGCUCAAGGAUGCAGGUUAUGGAGAGAAAUCAAUAUUUACAACUCAAGAGGAUGAUGAUGAGGAAAUGCAGCUGAAGAUGGAUGAUGAAGUUAAGGUGGCCCCGUGGAACACCACGAGAGCAUACAUACAAGCAAUAAAGGGUAAAUGCCUGCUACAGCUGACAGGGCCAGCAGACCCUACUGGAUGUGGUGAAGGUUUCUCCUACAUCAGGGUGCCAAAUAAGCCAACGCAAACAAAAGAAGAACAAGAAGCUCAGCCAAAACGUACUGUGACUGGAACUGAUGCUGAUCUAAGAAGACUUUCUCUCAACAAUGCUAAAGCACUUCUUCGAAAAUUUGGUGUACCAGAAGAAGAGAUAAAGAAGCUAUCUCGAUGGGAAGUUAUUGAUGUUGUCCGAACACUUUCAACUGAAAAAGCAAAGGCAGGAGAAGAAGGAAUGACAAAGUUUUCUCGUGGGAAUAGAUUCUCUAUUGCUGAACAUCAAGAGAGGUACAAGGAAGAGUGUCAGCGAAUAUUUGAGUUACAGAAUAGAGUAUUAUCAUCAAAUGAAGUCCUUUCGACAGAUGAAGGUGAAAGCUCUGAUGAAGAUAGUUCAGAUAUUGAAGAAAUGGGCAAAAAUAUUGAAAACAUGCUGUCCAAUAAAAAGACAAGUACACAACUUUCCUUGGAAAAAGAGGAGCAGGAGCGACAAGAGCUGAGGAAGAUGAUUAUGGGUGACGGAGAUCCAGAACAGCGUAAAGGAAAAGACAAGAAAAAAGAUGAUGAAGACAAUCAGUCACUUAGCGGCUAUGGUUCCCAGACAGGUCGCGUGUUGAAAAUCUACCGUACAUUCAGAAAUGCUGAAGGCAAGGAAUACACACGGGUAGAAAUUGUGCGAAAGCCAGCUGUUAUUGACACAUAUCUAAAGAUAAGAACAACAAAAGAUGAAGCAUUCAUCAGACAGUUUGCAACUCUGGAUGAGCAUCAAAAGGAAGAAAUGAAACGGGAAAAACGUCGCAUCCAGGAACAGUUGAGGCGAAUAAAACGCAAUCAGGAACGUGAACGACUUCUAGGAUUCCGUCAUGGUUCAACUCCUCUGGGUAACCUCAGUGGAGGAGGAAGUACAUUAGGAAUGACACUGAAUGGCACGAGCAGUCCCGGUCCGAGCGCUGCCAGUGGAAUGGGUGGAGGCGGCGACACGCCUGGUAGCAGCUCAACAGCAAGUGCGGGAACCCCCUCUGGACCACCCUCGGUGCCCCCACCAGUUAUACCCACCACAGCACACACCCCACCCAUCCCCACACAGAUCCCUAGUCCCAAUGUCAACUCUACACCUAAGAGGAAGAGAGCUAAACUGAAGCCAGAUCUGAAGCUGAAGUGUGGUGCCUGUGGAAAUGUCGGUCACAUGCGUACAAAUAAAGCAUGCCCACUUUACCAACCAUCAGCACCGGCUCCUCCAGUUAAUGUAGCAAUGACAGAGGAACAGGAGGAAGAGAUUGAAAAGCAACUGAAUGCAGAUGAUGAAGACUUGGUUAAUGUUGAUGGAACUAAGGUGAAACUAUCUAGCAAGUUACUUAAGCAUGCUGAAGAAAUGAAGAGGAGAACAUUACUAUUAAAAGUUCCAAAAGAUGCUGUCAGUUCUCGCAAACGCAGACGCGCAGUGAAUGAAAUGCAUUGUGAUUAUCUGAAACGUCAGCAGAAGCCAGCCAAUCGCCGUCGCACAGAUCCCGUUGUAGUACUUUCUACCAUUUUGGAAACCAUAUUGAAUGAAAUGAGGGACCUGCCAGAUGUGCAGCCAUUCCUGUUUCCAGUCAAUGCAAAGGUUGUACCGGACUAUUAUAAAAUUGUGAAUCGUCCAAUGGAUCUGCAGACAAUACGUGAAAAUCUGCGAAUGAAGAAAUAUCAGAGCAGAGAGGAGUUUCUAGCUGAUGUUAAUCAGAUUGUUGAAAAUUCAACACUUUACAAUGGUACAAAAAGUUCACUGACAGUAGCAGCUCGCCGCAUGUUGGGUCUGUGUGUAGACAGGUUGGCUGAAAAAGAGGAUAGGCUCAUGAGGCUUGAGAAGGCUAUUAAUCCAUUACUGGACGAUAAUGACCAGGUUGCACUGUCAUACAUCUUGGAUAACGUCGUGAACAACAAACUGAAGGCCAUGUCUGAAUCAUGGCCAUUCCUCAAACCUGUGAAUAAGAAACUUGUGAAGGACUACUAUACUGUUAUCAAGAAUCCAAUGGAUCUAGAAACAGUUGCCAAAAAGGUUCAAAGUCAUAAAUAUCAUAAUCGAUAUGAAUUUUUGGCUGAUAUAGAAAGAAUCUUGCAAAAUUGUAUUAUUUACAAUGGUAAAGAUUCAACUUACAGCCAGAAGGCAGAAACUUUGGUAAAAGUAUGCCGAGCCACUUUGGAUGAGUAUGGAGAUCAUUUAACACAACUUGAAAGCAACAUAAGUUUGGCACAAGAAAGGGCUCUCGAGCAAGCAGAAAUGGAUCCAACAUGGUUGGGAACUGAAGAAGAAAAUUAUGCCAUCACUGAACCUGAACAUGCAAGUCAGAACAGUUCUCCAGAUCAUGGUUUUGGCAAAUCAAACAUGGAUGAUUAUGACUUUGUUGAUGUGGAAGGAGAUGAGACAGAUGGAAGGGCAGCAGGAAGAUCAAGAAAGAAAGAUGUCCUAGAAGAAGAUUUGCAGUUUUCAAGUGAAGAAGACUUGGACGACAUACCUUUAUCAGAGGGAGAACCAGUUCCAGAUGAUGACAGUCAACAAGCAGCUGAGGCAAUGGUACAGCUUGGUAAUAUGGGUUAUUAUCCUCCAGUUCAGCAAAUCCAACAGGAACAAGAAGAAAGUAUGGAUGUAGAUCCAAAUUAUGAUCCAUCAGACUUCCUCCUGCAAGGACUUCCACAACACAGAGACUCAGAGCGUCAAGAAUCACAAAGCCAAGUGCGUGACAAAAUACAUGACGAUUUAGAGGUUAGCGAGUCAGAUGAGGAUGAACCUCAGAGUGCUGCAUCACAUUUGGUAUCCACACCAGCACAUGUUCCUGCACCUUUGUCAAUGCAAGAACCAGAAUCAGUGCAUGAAGGCACUCCACAGCUGCCACUCCAAAUGGAUUCUGAACUGCAACAAGUAGAACAAAACAAAAAGGAAGAUGAUGAUGAUGAUGGGGGAGAUCUUUGGUUCUGAAAUGGAUUUGUGUUGGGCUUUUAUAUACCAGUGUUGCUUGUAUUGUUUAAUGUAGACAAAUUGUAUUUGUCUACAAAAGUUGCAGUUUUAUCGACAUUGAAUGUCAUAAAAACAAAUGCAGUGACCUUCUAAGACUUGUGUGUUUUGGUGUGCUUUAGCAUGGUCAUUUCCAAAGAGUGGCUGCAUUUUUCUGUUGUACAAAUAGCAAAACCAAGGAAAUAUGUGUUGUACAAAUGUGUGAACCAUAAACUAAGUGGUGUCUUUUUAUACAACUUAGUUUUGUGCCUAUUGUAAUAUACACAGAAUUUGUUUCCUGUAUUUAUCAUCAUUUUUUUGUAAUUUGGUUUCACUGUAUGUGUUUUGUAAAGUUCAAAUCGUGCUCAGUAAGGAAUCUGGUACAAUACUGGAAUGUCAUGGAAAGAAGACAGAUAGUGAAGAGAGUUGAGGUAAUCACUCAUUGUAUACUUGAUGCAGUGAUCAGUUGGGCAGACUCAUAAACAACAUUGACAUCAAGUGUAUGGUAAGUUGAUACCUUUACUCCCUCUCCUUUUUUUUUUAAGAAAUCUGACAUUGUUUUUUUGUACAUAAGAAUUGGUAUAUAUACUUUAUCAUUAAGUGUAUUAGAAGUGCAUAACUUAAGGAUUUGCUGUUAGAACUGGAGAUUUAUAUUUAUUUAUCUUCAUUAAAUUGCAUAUAUGGUCAUUGGCUGUAACUGUGUGUGUGUGUGUGUGUGUGUGUGUGUGUGUGUGUGGCAGAGCAGAAAGCGGAACAAUGGAAAAUCCAGAAUGGACUAACAGUACGAAAAGGAUAGAGUUGGGUGGCAUACAGGGACAGUGACUAAUACUGCUAGAUGUUAUUCAGCUAUUGAACUAAGUUCUUCUCGGACAUAGGCAAAAUAAAACUCACACAUUCACAGAACUACAGCAUGCACACAUAUGGCCACUGUUGUGUCCAGACACUAAGCCCAAAUUUUAAAAAAGAGCAACACUAAGAAUUCUUUGCAGAUCCUUCUGGUCAUCACAGUGUGCAAGUGAUGUGUGAGCAUGGUAUGAGGUAUGCUCAAACUCCAAGCUUGUCUACUCUAACAUGUGGAUUCAGUUCAUGUUGGUGCCUGGUGAGAAGGGUGAAGAUAUCUAUCAAGGACAGAAAAUGGACCCAUUAAACUCCUAUUGAAGUGUAUCACUGGUUUCAUAAAAUUAUGAAAUUUCUGCCAUGGGUUUCCACUGGUGAAGAUUUCAUAGAAUCAAGAACUGUCUUCUUCAGAGGAGUGUCUCCCGUUUGGUCAUGAUGAACAGUGAGAUCACCAACUUUAUUCUGCUGCUGAAUGAACAAAUGUUUCACAGCCUCUGAACUUGAAUGUUCCAGACAAACACAUUCUGUUUCCAAAAUCACUAAGAGGACUUUCUUUCUCCUGCUGUUUCUUGUUCAGUUUGAAGAGCAGGAAAGCGUUUUUCCACAUCUGCCACUGCCACUGCUUUUAUGUUCGAAGAAUAUCGGCUUUAGCACGUUUGUGUCUAAUGGCACAGCAGUGUGUGGCUGCUAUAUCUUCAUCAUUAACUCUAUCUGUCCUGGAGGCAUUCUGUGAUUCUGCUUCAUGAUUUUCAAUUGGAGGGUCUGAGUUUCUGUCCGUCUCUGGAGGCAUAUUCUUGCAUCGCUUAUUGAUAAAUGAUUGUCCAGAACCUGCAGCCUCCUCAUCUGAUUUUUUCAGUUGCUCAUUGGAGAAAAGAGUGGCUUCCAGUUGCAGGAGUCCUGCCUCUGUUUCAUCGUGAAUCUAGAUAAUUAACUGAGAAUUCUGAGAUGCAAUAAAUCUUUAAAUUGACGUAUCAGUUCCUACAGACCAGGAAUGAAUGCUGAAAAGUCUUACAGGACUUUCAAGACAGUGUACAAUCAGAGUUUCUGUUGCUUGCCUAAGCAAAUUAUUCACGAAAUUUUCAGGGCAUGGUUGGGCUGUAACACUUGGAGAUGACAUUGCUCAUGCAGGUGAGCGUUGAGCUUAUGUGAAUAUGCACGUUUUAUUUUGUCUACAUUGGAUCAAGAACUUUGUCCAGUAGUUGAAUAACACCUUGCAGUCUUUCUCAUUAUGCCUGCUAACACCUCCUUUAUGAGGUAAGUAUCAAUCUAUCAUUUUUGUAAUGUUGUUAAAGCAUGAAGUGAGAUUUUUACUCUGUAUCACAGUAUGGCCUCAUGCAGCUGUAAAUUAUAAAAUACUGCGAAUGUGUACAUUUUUUAAAUUAAGUGUAAAUUUUGUACAAAAUAAAAUGUAUAUACUUUCCAAUAAAAGUUAUAUCUUCUGUGGAA